AUGCUAGCAGGGAUAAAAUAUAAGAAAAAGACAAAAGAAGAGGAAAAAACAAAAGAAGAGGAAAAGAAAAGCCAAAUCGGACUAAACGAAAUCAGAAAAAAUGAGAAAAUAGCUACAAGCGAAGAUUAUAAUGAACACCUAAUAAGAAACAUAAGGAAAAACAAAGACGAAGAAUACGAAAUCACAGAAUCUCAAAUUAAAGCAGAAAAACUUGACACCUAUAAGCGUCUAACAAAAAAGACUAACCAAAAUUGUGACCACUGCAUAGACAGCCAAAAUUUCAAUAGUAAAUUGCUUGUUUCUAUAAGAGGCUCUUUUCAUAUCGAAAUCCCUUCAUCAGGCUAUUUAUCAAAAGGCCACUGUUUACUAGUCCCAAACGCCCAUACUUUAUCUAUUACUGAGAUGGAAUCUAAUGAGUACCAAGAGCUUCAAGAUCUCCAAAAAGAUAUAUCAAAAAUGUACAGAGAUGAGCUCGGCAAAACUGCAAUUUUUGUGGAAAAUGUGAUUGACCUCAGAAGGUGCCUUCAUACCUACAUUGAAUGCUUCCCACUUGACCCUCAAGCUCGAGAAGACGCAGAAAUGAUUAUUUAUAGAGAAUUAAGUGAAGGUGACGAAGAAUGGACACAAAAUAAAAAAAUCAUCCCAACUAGUGUAAAAGGGAUCAGAAAGUCAAUACCCAAAGGAUUCCCUUAUAUUCAUAUUGAUUUUGACGGAAAUGGAGGGUUUGCCCAUGUGGUUGAAGAUUCUAAUUAUUUUCGGGGAAAUUUUUCAAGACAAAUUAUUGGUGAAAUAUUAAGGGUCGACCCAAUGUUUAGGAAUAGAAAACAUAAUGAUGAAGAAUUAAUAAGGAUAAGUGAAGAAUUCAAAAAAUUGUGGAGAGAAUAUGAAGAAAUCCCUGAAGAAGCUCAAUAA